AUGGAGAGUUCUGGACUGGAGCUUCUUCAAGACAUCCUUCUCAUUGGUGAUGCGAAAGUGGCUCGCGGAUUCAAUCAAAACCGUCUGCCGAGUCUUGUUACUGUCAAGAAAGAGGCAAAAGAGAAGGCUGCAGAGAUAUCUGGCGAAGAUUAUUCAGAAAAUUCACGUUUCGAAAAGAUUGGUAUUGACGUGCGGAGUAGCCUCGAGGUAGAUAGGAGAGAAGGGACAGACCGCGUGCCAGAUGGAGAGGUCGGGGCCUGGGGACGCUGCAACCUGGAAGCCCGUCUCCAGCGAUUUCAGAAGGUCGGUCGAUGGUGGGUGGCGAGGCAACUUUUAGUCAUUUAA